AAAAAAAAAAAAAGAAACAGAAAAAGAAAAACAUGCGAGGUGGUAACUGGGUGGGUGUGGUUGGUCGCAGAUUGAGGAAAAAAACCUCGUAUUCUUCAGUACAUUCAAUUUCUUCAACCCCUACCGAGUAUCCCAACAUCCUCGGCCCCAACCUCCCUGAUGUUUGGACUCCAACUAACCAAUCCCACCGUCCUCAAUCCUCUGCAAUUUUCUCAAAUGGGAAUAGUGCUAGAAUUAUUGAUGGGAAACCAAUUGCAAAAGACAUCAAGUUCAGAAUAGCUGGUGAGAUACAAAGAAUGAAGGCUGCCAUUGGAAAAUCUCCUGGGCUGGCUGUGGUUUUGGUGGGUCAAAGGAGGGACUCAAAGACUUACAUCAAUAUCAAGUUAAGAGCUUGUGAUGAAGUUGGAAUUGCAACUAUGGUUGAGGAACUGCCUGAAAGUUGUACAGAAAGUGAACUUCUUGAUGUUGUUUCAAGGUUUAAUGAGGAACCAUCUGUACAUGGUAUUAUUGUGCAACUUCCUUUGCCACAACAUCUGGAUGAGGAAAAAAUUAUGACUGUUGUGAGUCCAGAAAAAGAUGUGGAUGGCUUCCAUCCCCUGAAUAUGGGGAAUCUUGCCCUAAGAGGAAGGCAGCCCUUUUUCAUCCCUUGUGCGCCUAAAGGCUGCAUUGAGUUGUUGCUUAGGUUUGGUGUGCAAAUUUCUGGAAAAAGGUCGGUGGUAAUCGGGAGAAGCAAGAUUGUUGGGUUGCCUACUGCUUUGCUCUUACAGAGGCACCAUGCAACAGUCAGCACUGUCCAUUCAUUCACCAAAAACCCAGAACAGAUAACUUCUCAGGCUGACAUUGUAGUCUCAGAUGUUGGGAUCCCAAACCUAGUCCAAGGCAAUUGGCUAAAGCCGGGAUCAGUUGUAAUUGAUAUGGGAACAAAUCUAGUUAAGGACACAAGUAGCCGUCAUGGAUUUCGUGUCACAGGAGAUGUUUGUUAUGAAGAGGCAAUCAAGGUGGUAUCGGCCAUUACCCCUGUGCCAGGAGGGGUAGGACCUGUUACAAUCUCUAUGCUCCUCUCUAACACGCUUGAUUCUGCUAAACGUGCAUUUCGAUUCACUUGAACCUCAAGCUGAAGUCUGUUGUUUUUUAAACUAAGUUUUGUAUUCUCCUUUUACUCAAUGCACAGUAAUACACAAUCUAAUACACAAACUAAGUUUUGUA